CUAGUUGGACCCAGAGAGCUUGCCUAGUUCCAUGCCAUGUCUAUCAGAUGCCACCCUCAAAUUCUCACUAUCUGCCGGGAAGCAAUUCAAAGCCUUAGCCUAAAUGACCAGCCUCCUACAUGUGGAAUCGAUAGACACCCUGAUACUAAAUGAUCCCAAGGACUGUAUUAGCACCACAUGAGAUAAACUCCGCACCUGGAUUUUUUUCUUAUUCUAACUUGGCAAACAAAACGGUUCCGUUAUGCCUUGGAAAUGUGGACUCAUUAUUACGCUGUUCCUGGUCCUCUUCACUCUCCACGCCACUGCAAUUAAAGAGAGGAAUAAUCGGGGCUCUUUGCAGAGAGGAGUAAUCGGGACAGAAACAGAAGCCAUCAAUUCUAUGCACUUGGUUGAACUUCUGAAAACGACCAAACAAAACUCUAAUGUCAGAACGGUAUUUGACCUGGAAAAGCAUCGGAGGAAGCGGUCCGCAGUCUUUCACUCUGGAGUGAGAGUCUGUCCUCAGGAGACCAUCAAUGAGGUCAUUGCCAGCCAUCAAGCCUACUACAGGCUCAGAGUUUGUCAGGAGGCUGUGUGGGAGGCCUUCCGGAUCUUCUUUGACAGGAUCCCUGUCACUACAGAGUACACAACAUGGGUUCACACAUGUCAACACGAGUCUCUGUGUCUCGCUGACCUGGCCACUAACUUCAGCAACUCAGAGGAGCACAUGAGUAUGGUGUACAGGAGGAUGAAUCUGCGAGACGAGAGGCAGUCGACUGGAGCAGAAGCAGCCGCAACCACAGCAGCACCAGAGGUCACUGAGAUAGCAGGUCCAGAAGAGACCCAGACUGCUGCACCAGAACCACCCACUCCCGUGACCAGUGAUUCCAGUGUCCCUGAUGCUCCUGAUGAUACAGUUGAAGUAGAAGAAGAAACCGCUGCUGGGGAGGACUCUGAGCUGCCCAACAUUGUUCCGGAGAACCAUGUGGAGGAGAUAGUGGAGUUCAGCAUUGACCUGGUGGACCCAGGCUACAGGGAACUACUGGAUGACCCUGACUCCCCCCAAUAUGUUGACCUCUCUCAACACCUGCAAGACCAGAUGCUCCAUGUUUUUGACAAGCUCCCAGGAUUUAAAGAGAUCAGUGUUUUGGGAAUCAGCGAGGCCCAUGGGAGUGAAGGACCUGGAGGAGUGACAGUGCACUAUUCUCUGGUCUUUCAGACAAUUUCAGAGGAUGACACAGGGACUCCAGUGUCAGCUGUGCCCAGCCUGUGGGAAAUGGUGGCCAAGGCUUUGAGUGAAGAGGCCUCUCUGCCAGUGGAUCUACAGUCAUUAAACUUUGAACCAGCAAAAGGGAUUCCACCAACUACAACACCAGUUGAGGAAGCUGUUGAGGAAACGAUUGAAGAUUCCAUUGAGCCAGCUUUCCACAACGAUCUGGACAUAUCCACAGAUGAGCCAGAGAUUGCCAUGGAGAAACCUCGUCUGGAUGUUCCACUUGGCCCUGUGGAAAAGGAAUAUGUGCUCAUCACCUUCCUGGACUCUACAGAUAUUCCAGAAAAACAAGAAGAAGCAGCACCACCAGAGAGGGGAGAUGUGCCCUACAUCUACAAGGACACUAGUGAUGAAUUAGUGGAGAGUGAAUCUGAAGCAACAACUGAACCAGAGGAAGAGGUGCCAUUUAUCACACACAUGAUUGAAACCAUUCAAGCCAUUGAUGAGGGAACUGGUGAGCUUGUAAGAGACUAUUUCCCAACCUCUCCUGCUGAGGAAUACCCUGAGCCACCUUUUGGUAAUUUAGUCCCUACUAAUGGGUACCCUGUUUUACCCCAUGAGGAUUUGGAUAUUACCUCCGCCCAUGAAAUAAAAAGUAUAGAAACUAAUGAUCCAGCUAAACUCCUUCCUAACUUGAUAUCAGAGGAGGAGGCUGUUGUUGAGAAGGAGGCUGAGCCUACUCCGACCACUCAGAUUAAGCUUACCACAGUCAUUGCCACUGAGGAAGAGGUAUCUAACCCUGAAUUACCUGUGACGACUCUCUCAGCCAUCACAGAUCAGCCUGCCACUGAAGCAAUAGAGGACUUUGAAGUUGAAGAUGAUAUUAUCCAUAUUCCGAUUGAAGGGGAAGAGGUUGAGGAACCAGAACCUGAGGAAGAGGUAGUUGGGAUCUCGGAACCUGAAAAAGCAGUAGUUGUGGAACCAGAACCUGAGGAAGAGGUAUUUGAGGAACCAGAGCCCAAUGAAGACGUAGUUGAAGAUCCAGAACCUGAGGCAGAUGUAGAUGAGGUCUUGGUAGUUAAGAUCUUGGAACCUGAGGAAGAAGUAGUUGAGAACUCGGAACCCGAGGAAGAAGUAGUUGAACCAGAACCUGAGGAAGAGGUAGUUGAGAUCUCGAAACCUGAAAAAGAGGUGGUUGUGGAACCAGAACCUGAGGAAGAGGUAUUUGAGGAACCAGAGCCCAAUGAAGACUUAGUUGAAGAUCCAGAACCUGAGUCAGACGUAGAUGAGGUCUUGGUAGUUAAGGUCUUGGAACCUGAGGAAGAAGUAGUUGAGAACUCGGAACCUGAGGAAGAAGUAGCUGAGGAACCAGAACCUGGUGAAAAGGUAAAUGAGGUCUCGGAACCUGAGGAAGAGGUAGUUGAGGUCUUGGAACCUGAGGAAGAAGUAGUUGAACCAGAACCUGAGGAAGAGGCAGUUGAGGUCUCGGAACCCGGGGAAGAGGUAGUUAAGGCACCAGAACCUGAGGAAGAGGUAGUUGAGGAACCAGAGGAAGAGGUAGUUGAGCUCUUGGAACCUGAGGAAGAGGUAGUUGAGGAACUAGAACCAGAGAAAGAGGUAGUUGAGGAACUAGAACCCGAGGAAGAGGUAGUUGAGGUCUCGGAACCUGAGAAAGAGGUACAUGAGGUCUUUGUAGUUGAGGUCUUGGAAACUGAGGAAGAAGUAGUUGAGAACCUGGAACCUGAGGAAGAGGUAGCUGAGGAACUAGAACCUGGUGAAAAGGUAGAUGAGGUCUCAGAACCUGAUGAAGAGGUAGGUGAGGUCUUGGAACCUGAGGAAGAAGUAGUUGAUGAACUUGAACCUGGGGAAGGGGUAGUUGAGUUGUUAGAACCUGAGAAAGAGGUACUUGUGGAAUUACAAACUGAGGAAGAGGUAGUUGAGGUCUUGGAACCUGAGAAAGAAGUACUUGAGGAACUAAAACCUGAGGAAGUGGUAGUUGAGGAAUCAAAGCCUGAGGAAAUGGUAGUUGAGGAACCAAAGCUUGAGGAAACGGUAGUUGAGGAAGAGGUAGUUCAGGAAUUAGAACCUGAGGAAGAGGUAGUUGAAGAACCAGAACCUGAAGAAAAUGUAAUUGAGGUUUCAGAACAUGAGGAAAAGGUAGUUGAGAAAACAGAAGAAGAGGUAUUUGGGGAACUAGAACCUGAGGAAGCGGUUGUUGAGGAACUAGAACCUGAGGAAGUGGUUGUUGAGGAACUAGAACCCAAGGAAGCGGUUGUUGAGGAACUAGAACCCGAGGAAGAGGUAGUUGAGGAACUGGAACCUGAUGAAGAGGUAGUUAAGGAACCAGAGCCUGAGGUAGAGGUAGUUGAGGAACCAGUCCCAGAGGAUGAGGUAGUUGUAAAACCAGAACAUGAGGAGGAGGUAAUUGAGGAAUCAGAGCCUGAGGAAGACAUAGUUGAGGAACCAGAGCCUGAGGAAGAGGUAGUUGACGAACUAAAAUCUGAGGAAGAGGUUGUUGAGGAACCGGUAGAUGAGAAACUAGAACCUGCGGAAGAGGUAGUUGAGGAACUAGAACCUGAGGAAGAGGUUGUUGAGGAACCAGAGCCUGAGGAAGAGGUAGUUGAAGAACCAGAAACUGAGGAAGAGGUAAUUGAGGUCUUGGAACAUGAGGAAAAGGUAGUUGAUGAACCAGAGGUUGAGGUUGUUGAAACACCAGCAUAUGAGGAAGAGGUAAUUGAGGAAUCAGAGCCUGAGGAAGACAUAGUUGAGGAUCCAGAGCCUGAGGAAGUGGUAGUUGAGGAACUAGAGCCUGAAGAAGAGGUUGUUGAGGAACUAGAACCUGAGGAAGCGGUAGUUGGGGAACUAGAACCUGAGAAAGCGGUAGUUGAGGAACUAGAACCUGAGAAAGUGGUAGUUGAGGAAUUAGAACCCAAGGAAGUGGUAGUUGAGGAACUAGAACCUGCGGAAGAGGUAGUUGGGGAACUAGAACCUGAGAAAGCAGUAGUUGAGGAACUAGAACCUGAGAAAGCGGUAGUUGAGGAAUUAGAACCCAAGGAAGUGGUAGUUGAGGAACUAGAACCUGCGGAAGAGGUAGUUGAGGAACUAGAACCUGAGGAAGAUGUAGUUGGGGAACCAGAGCCUGAGGAAGAGGUAGUUGAGGAACCAAAGCCUGAAGAAGAGGUAGUUGAGGAACCAGAACCAGAGGAUGAGGUAGUUGAAGAACCAGAAUAUGAGGAAGAGGUAGGUGAGGAACCAGAGCCUGAGGAAGAGGUAAUUGAGGAACCAAAGCCUGAAGAAGAGGUAGUUGAGGAACCAGAACCAGAGGAUGAGGUAGUUGAAGAACCAGAAUAUGAGAAAGCGGUAGUUGAGGAACUAGAACCUGAGAAAGCGGUAGUUGAGGAAUUAGAACCUAAGGAAGUGGUAGUUGAGGAACUAGACCCAGCGGAAGAGGUAGUUGAGGAACUAGAACCUGAGGAAGAUGUAGUUGGGGAACCAGAGCCGGAGGAAGAGGUAGUUGAGGAACCAAAGCCUGAAGAAGAGGUAGUUGAGGAACCAGAACCAGAGGAUGAGGUAGUUGAAGAACCAGAAUAUGAGAAAGCGGUAGUUGAGGAACUAGAACCUGAGAAAGCGGUAGUUGAGGAAUUAGAACCUAAGGAAGUGGUAGUUGAGGAACUAGACCCCGCGGAAGAGGUAGUUGAGGAACUAGAACCUGAGGAAGAUGUAGUUGGGGAACCAGAGCCGGAGGAAGAGGUAGUUGAGGAACCAAAGCCUGAAGAAGAGGUAGUUGAGGAACCAGAACCAGAGGAUGAGGUAGUUGAAGAACCAGAAUAUGAGGAAGAGGUAGUUGAGGAACCAGAGCCUGAGGAAGAGGUAAUUGAGGAACCAAAGCCUGAAGAAGAGGUAGUUGAGGAACCAGAACCAGAGGAUGAGGUAGUUGAAGAACCAGAAUAUGAGGAAGAGGUAGUUGAGAAAGCGGUAGUUGAGGAAUUAGAACCUAAGGAAGUGGUAGUUGAGGAACUAGAACCCGCGGAAGAGGUAGUUGAGGUACUAGAACCUGAGGAAGAUGUAGUUGAGGAACCAGAGCCUGAGGAAGAAGUAGUUGAGGAACCAAAGCCUGAAGAAGAGGUAGUUGAGGAACCAGAACCAGAGGAUGAGGUAGUUGAAGAACCAGAAUAUGAGGAAGAGGUAGUUGAGGAACUAGAACCUGAGAAAGCGGUAGUUGAGGAAUUAGAACCUAAGGAAGUGGUAGUUGAGGAACUAGAACCCGCGGAAGAGGUAGUUGAGGUACUAGAACCUGAGGAAGAUGUAGUUGAGGAACCAGAGCCUGAGGAAGAAGUAGUUGAGGAACCAAAGCCUGAAGAAGAGGUAGUUGAGGAACCAGAACCAGAGGAUGAGGUAGUUGAAGAACCAGAAUAUGAGGAAGAGGUAGUUGAGGAACCAAAGCCUGAAGAAGAGGUAGUUGAGGAACCAGAACCAGAGGAUGAGGUAGUUGAAGAACCAGAAUAUGAGGAAGAGGUAAUUGAGGAAACAGAACCUGAGAAAGAGGUAGUUGAGGUCUUGGAACCUGAAGAAGGGGAAGUUGAAGAACCAAUGCCUGAGGAAGAGGUAAUUGAGGAACCAAAGCCUGAAGAAGAGGUAGUUGAGGAACCAGAACCAGAGGAUGAGGUAGUUGAAGAACCAGAAUAUGAGGAAGAGGUAAUUGAGGAAACAGAACCUGAGGAAGAGGUAGUUGAGGUCUUGGAACCUGAAGAAGGGGAAGUUGAAGAACCAAUGCCUGAGGAAGAGGUAAUUGAGGAACCAAAGCCUGAAGAAGAGGUAGUUGAGGAACCAGAACCAGAGGAUGAGGUAGUUGAAGAACCAGAAUAUGAGGAAGAGGUCAUUGAGGAAUCAGAACCUGAGGAAGAGGUAGUUGAGGUCUUGGAACCUGAAGAAGGGGAAGUUGAAGAACCAAUGCCUGAGGAAGAGGAAGUUCAAGAACCGGAGCCUGAGGAAGAGGUAGUUGAAGACCCAGGACCCGAGGAAGGGGUAGUUGAGGUCUCGGAACCUGAGGAAGAGGAUGUUGAAGAACCGGAGCCUGAGGAAGAGGAAGUUGAAGAUCCAGAACCUGAGGAAGGGGUAGUUGAGGAAACACAGCUUGAGGAAAAUAUUAGUGAGCCACCAGCUGAAGAAAUUAAAAUCAUCCAACCUGUGGAUUCUUUAGAGGACACUCUAUUUGGAGAGGAAACCUGGAAACCUGAUCCUGUUGAAGAGGACAAUAUUGUUCCAAUAGAAGACCAGUCAACUGAGGAGGACAUGGAGGAACUGUUGCCUGAAUACCACGGGUAUGAGGACAGCUAUCCUGAGGAAGCUGUUGAUACUGUGGAAGAAACAGAUGACACAGCAGAGGUCAGUGAAGUGGAAGUGGCUCCAUUGCCAGAGGAGAGUGAAGAGGAGAUAGCAAUGAUAGCAGAACCCAUCCCUGACUCUACGUCAACACCACCUGCAGAAUCUGACACUGUGCCUGUGGUAGAUGUAACAGAGUCACCUUCAGAGUUAGAGCUGAUGGUGGAGGAUACUGAGGAGCCUGAGGUGGUUGUUAUCGAUGAAGAGGCUGAAGAGGAGGUCGUAGAGGACUCAGAACCUGAGGGCGGGCGUGUGCAAGACCUUGCAGACGAACUUGAUCAAAUGGACCUGGUAAGCACAGAGCCCAUUAACCUUCCAGAGGCCAGUGGAUACUCAUUGGCUCCUGAGGAGCACCCCGUCGAGACCACAGCUUCUCCACCACUGAGAUACAUGACCACUCCCUCCAUGACCACGGCGAGUAAAGGCAGGGAGCUGGUGGUGUUCUUCAGUCUACGGGUUACUAACAUGAGGUUCUCAGAUGACCUCUUCAACAAGAGCUCUUCAGAAUACAGAUCCCUGGAGAACACCUUUUUGGAACUGCUGCUGCCUUACCUGCAGUCCAAUCUAACAGGAUUCAAGAAGCUAGAGAUUCUUAACUUCAGGAAUGGCAGCAUUGUGGUCAACAGCAAGAUGAAGUUCACCAAGUCAGUGCCAUACAACGUGACCCAGGCCGUCCACUGUGUCCUGGAAGACUUCUGCAACGCUGCAGCCAUGAGACUCAACAUUGAGAUUGACAGUCACUCUCUGGACAUAGAGCCUGCUGAUCAAGCAGAUCCCUGUAAGUUCUUGGCGUGCAACGACUUCUCUCACUGUGUGGUGAAUCGGUGGUCACGGGAGGCCGAAUGUCUCUGUGACCCGGGGUACAUAGCUAUGGACGGCCUGCCCUGUCAGAGUAUCUGUGUCCUGCAGCCUGACUACUGCCAGAACGGGGGCCGUUGUGAGAUAGUACCAAGGCAUGGAGCCACUUGCAGAUACCCAGAAAACUACACGUCUUCCAGGCCUGACAAAUUCAGAACAUCGAGUGUUGAAUGACAACCCUCCGUAUUGAGACUUGGCAACUGCAGAAGAGACACAGGAAUGUUAAUAAACGAUAGCUAAUCGCAGAUGCAGAUCACAGACAAUGUUGUGAUUGCAGAAAGACAUUGACCUGUUGGCUACUGAUGGACAGACAGGCACUCAGCCAGACAACCCCUUCAUUUGACCUUUCCAAAGCCUGUGUUUCACCAGAAAGGAUACUCCCAUUUUUCUGUCAAACAGACAUUCAGGCGAACUCUGGACAGCCGUACUCGGUCAUUGUCAUCAGUGAACAAAUGACUCGGGAACGACAGAUGAAUGUCAAACGGAUGUGAUCAUUUUGCUAUGGCAUCCCAGGACAGCUAACUGCUUUUAUACAUAUGUGCUGACAUUUAUUUUAGUAGUGAAAGUGUUAAUGUAAAAUGCCAGAUGAAAAGUUACAAGAAAUGUUUUCCUCAUAAUGAGGUACUUAUGUUGCAACGUUGUAUAGUGAAUAACACGUACUGUACACCUGUGUGGGUGAUGUUAAUUAUACAUCUGUCUCUGUAAUAAUGUAAUGGUGUUUCCUCAGUGUUGUAAAACUACUGUUCUGUACACGUCCGGGGAAAUGAAUUGCUCACCAUCUUCAAUAGGGCUUUUUUAAAAACUAUUUCCUCACAGAACUCUAUUUGUGUUGCUGUAGCAUUGAGUAACAGAACAUAAAACACGAGGAGCAAUAUCAAUUGAGUGAAAGAAUGCGUUUAUUUCAACAGUUAGAGAUCAGCAUUAGAAAAAGUGACAGUGAAAAGGCAGUAUUUGAGGAAUGAUUGUAACGCGUGGAGAGACACACAGAGCAUAUCGAAGCCAGUCAGUAAUUGGUUGUACAUUACAAGAGAUAUUCCAGGAGACCACACAGUACGUACAGUAGUAUACUCUGGUGUUCAAGUCAUAAAUAAAUACUUAGAUCUAAACUGAAGACAUGCCUCAGACACGCGCAUGAGUGGAUAGAUCUCAUGCAUUCAAACAACCACGACGUCGCCUUUUCGCUUGUGCAGAGCGUCAAAAGGGAAUGAGAAGAAGUGCUAGAAAACAAACCCCAGACUAACAAUCAGCCUUACCUGAAGAGAGUAGUUCUAGUCUCACAAGAGAUUGUCUCUAAAACACACAGUACUGUACAUGACAAAGGCUGUC